CCUCCUCGCCCUAGGGUUUUGCUCUCCGGCCAAAAUCCAUCCCGACCCGAGCGCGCCUCCGCCGGAGAUGUCCCGCACGCUGGUGCAGCCGGUGGGGCAGAAGCGGCUGACCAACGUGGCGGUGGUGCGCCUGCGGAAGACCGGCCAGCGCUUCGAGAUCGCCUGCUUCCCCAACAAGGUGCUCUCCUGGCGCACCCGCGUCGAGAAGGACCUCGACGAGGUGCUCCAGUCCCACACCGUCUACUCCAACGUAUCCAAGGGCGUCCUCGCCAAGUCCAAGGACCUCAUCAAGGCAUUCGGAACAGACGACCUCACCAAAAUAUGCGUCGAGAUAUUGGAGAAAGGGGAGCUCCAGGUUUCCGGCAAGGAGAGGGAGGCGCAGCUGUCCUCCCAGUUCCGGGACAUCGCCACAAUCGUCAUGGAGAAGACCAUCAAUCCUGAGACCCGGCGCCCCUACACCAUGACCAUGAUCGAGCGCCUCAUGCACGAGAUACACUUUGCGGUCGAUCCAAAUCUUACCUCCAAGGAACAGGCACUCAAGGUUAUCAAGAAGCUCAUCGAGCACUUCCCUAUAAAGCGUGCACCAUUGACGGUGCGGUUCACUGCACCAAAGUCCAAUCUGGCUGGUCUUAUGGAGAAGCUUGAUGAGUGGAACGCUAUUGUUAUUUCAAAGGAUGAAUCUGGCAGUCAGUCUUCCCUUGUAUGUGAGAUUGAGCCAUCUAUUCUGCACUCGUGUGAAGAGAGAUUGAAGGACGUGCAAGGGAGGGUGGAAGUGCUCUCAGUGUCGGCACAUGCAGAAGGUGGCUCUUCUACAGACCAAUAUGACAAUGUGGAAGACAAUGUGGAGAAGGUUCACUCUGUCCCUGCAACAAAGGAGGCAGCUGCUAUUGCUCAGCUAAGCGAAACCAUGCAGAAACAGAGCCUCUCUAGUGAAGUGGAAAGCCAGGGUCAGGCACUAGGCAAAAACCAGAAAAGAUGCAAAGAGUGUGCCAUAGUGAUGGAGGACAAGUCGUACAGAGACCAUUGCAAAUCAGCCUGGCACAAGCACAACUACACGCGCAACAAGAAUGGGCUUCCUCCGCUCAGCCAAGAGGAGUGCUUGAUAGAAAUUGAGAUGGCAGAGUCCAACAGGGGUAUGAAGGACUAUGAUUACUGAGGUGAGCUUUGUCUAACACCUCCUCUCACCACGCCUUCCAUGAUGAUAAACGCCAUGCACAGGACAUGAGGUUGCAGUCUUGUUGUUUCCGAGUACUACACAUUGGAACGUGCAAGUGGGAAACUAGUUUUGCCGUAUGCUAGCGAGCUGUUAGAAUGUGAUGCGUUUGUAUUGUCUAGAUAUUAAGGUGCUAGACCCUGGCUGAUGUGCGGUUGGCUGAGUAAACUUUGUGGCAGCUAUGAUGCACCCUUACCUUAAGGUAUGCUAUGAUACGGUAUUGGGUAUGGGCUUGUUAUGUAUGUGAACCAACAGCUUAAUGAAACUUCUGUAUAUCAACUGGACGUUGCUUUGGUACUGAAAUUAAUCCUGGGUCUUGUCAUA